AUCAAGAUGCAGCAAUGUCAAAGGCAUUAGAAGAGGUGAUUCCUGAGACAAUAUAUGGAUUGUGUACAUGGCAUCUAAUGCAAAAUGCCAUAAAAAAAUGUUGGUCAUUUAAUGAAGAGUGGAUCUAAUUUUUUGACUAAUUUGAAGAAGCUUGUGUACGAAUAUGUAGAAGUGAAAAAAUUUGAAGAGGCUUGGAACUCAUUACUUUCAACAUAUGAAGCCAGUGACAAUUCUUGGCUUCAAAAUCUGUAUAGGUUGAAAGAGAAGUGGGCUAGAUGUUAUAUGAAAUCUACAGUGACCUUAGGGAUACGUAGUACACGGUUGAGUGAGAGUUUGAAUGGAGAUCUGAAGGAUUAUCUUAUAUGUAAUAUAAAUCUAAAUGGAUUUUUCAAAAGAUUUGAUAAGGUGGUGAAUGAUAAGCGAUACAAAGAGUUACAGGCUGAGUUUAAUGCUAGAGAGAAAUUGCCUACAAUUUUGUGUCAAACAUCACCUAUGUUGCAACAAGCGGGUAAGGUCUAUACACCUUCGAUGUUCGAAAAUUUUCAGGCGGAAUGGAUGAAAAUUUUAUCCCUGGUUAUCAAGGAACGUAAUGAGAUGGGUCUCUUGCGUGAAUAUGUUGUUGGUUCAUUUGGUGCAAAUGAAUUAGAGUACAAGGUCAUUAGUGGCCCAAGCAAUGAAGUGGUUAAUUGUGCUUGUAAUCAUUUUGAGACCGUUGGGAUUUUAUGUUGCCAUGCGUUGAAGGUGCUUGAUAACUUGGACAUAAAGUUAAUUCCUAGUGCUUAUAUUUUGAAGAGAUGGACAUGUAAAGCAAGAGAUGGAAUAUUAGAGAAGCAUGGUUUAGCUACUCGGGGGAAUGGUGACAUGGAUGCAACUGAUAGAUAUAGAGAGGUGUGUCCUGAGUUUGUUAAGAUAGCAGUCAAGGGCUCACAAACUAUUGAGAGAUAUGAAUUUAUCAAGAAGAUGAUCUUAAUCAUAAACAAAUCUCUCGAUCAAAUGCCAAUUGGAAGAUGGCAAGGAGAAGCGGACAAGUAUGAAGUUGUGGAUUUGUUUAGUGCUUGUUGUUUUUCUAUUCCACUUAGUGAGUAG